AUGUCGAGCCAGCAAUUCUAUCUUCUAGGUGAAGCGGCCUCGUCCGCCAGGGCCAUUACCAUCGACGAGACAUCGAACCUCGAUCAACUGAAACAUCUGAUCGCCGCCCAUUUUGCAAUCGUUGAGCCGAAAAGCAUCGGUUUCCAAACAGACAAUGACUGCUUCAUGGACGUCCCCUCUGUGCUCGCCGCCCCAGGACCCAUUGCCAUAACAAUCGAUGGUCACGCCGUCCGGGAACCAGAUGGGCCCAAAGGUCUCCCUUUUGUGGGAAACUACUUUGAGGUUUUCCCUGAUCACCUGGGAAAUCACCAACGCCUCUUCGACAUAUACGGACCAAUUUUCAAAACCAACAACCUCGGCCGUACAACAUACCAAACAAAUGACCCGCAACUUUCGGCCAUCGUUCUCUCCGAGACAGAUUUCUUCUCGAAGAUAUUGAAUAAAUCGCACCCGCUUUACCCGCUCAAAACACCAGAGGCUGGUGUUUUCCUCGCAGACACGGAUUCGGAGAGUUGGCGUUUGGCACAUAAGUUCCUGCCUCCAGCCCUAGGCCCCAAGGCAGUCCGACACUACGCGCCUACCAUGCAAGCCACAGUGGAGGAUGCGUUCAAGGCUUUCGACGCACUGGACGAGGCGCAAGAGGCAUGGAAUGUGUACCAAUAUAUGCUGAAGCUUGGAUCACAAGCUGUGGGUAAGCUGACGCUCGGCAUUGACUUUGAGCAUUUCACUUCACCUGAUGCACCCGUCCAUGAGAUGGUACAUGCAAUUGCCGAGCUGCUGUCACUCAAUAAGGAGGUCACUUCCAGAGGCGACUGGUAUGCCAUGCUGCCUUUUGGCCCUCCCAAACGUCUGAGGAACCUGAAAGCUAGGAUAGAAGAGAUGGUCGAGGAGUCCGUGCAGAAUGCGGCACGCGGCGGUGUUAGCGAUCUUCCCCUGCAGGAGGCAGCUCUAGAAGCCUCGAACAUGGUCGACUAUGCCAUCCGAGCCACGGAUAACAAAGGCGAAAAGCUCCCCAAGUCGAGUCUGACCUGGGCCCUUGUCGUUGCAACCGCCGCCGGAUUCACAACCACCAGCUCCCUCCUCUCAUGGCUGAUUUACGGUCUUGUCACAUACCCCGGCAUGCAAGAGCGGCUCCUGCAGGAACUGAUCGACAACGGCAUCACCGAAGACACGGAACUCACAGCCGACAUUACAGAUAACCUCCCCUUCCUCGACAAAUACAUCAAGGAGAUGCAACGCAGACAUAAUCCGUCCUACCAGCCUGGACGGACAGCUAAGACUGAUCUCAUUCUACCGGGCGGAUAUAAGAUCCCUAAAGACGGCGUCGUCAUUGCCGCCCUACACCAUAUCCACAACAACCCGGACCUUUGGGACAACCCGUCUCGCUUUGACCCAGACCGCUGGGAUACCGACGAGGUCAAGCAGAGGCACAAGGCGGCGUAUAUUCCGUUUGCGAUGGGGCCGCGAAUGUGCAUUGGCUUUAGCUUCGCGAUUCAAGAGGUCAAGGUUUUCCUGCCGAAGUUGGUUUACCGGUAUCACUUCACUCGGGAGGGAGAUGGGCCGGUUGAGUAUGACCCGAUGUUCCAGCUCAUCAGGCCCAAUAAUUUGUAUGUUCGCGCGGAGAGGAGGGUGAAGUGGCCGGCUAGGAGUCAGUCGAACAACUGA